AUGCAGCAUGGCGGUGGAUUACGGGGGUGUGACGGGGGGGAUAUUGUGAGCGUCUGGGGAGUUGGGGGAGCUUGGGGGCAUUGGGCGAUACGAAUCGACGGGGUGAGGGUAGCCGAGUGGGGGAGCACAAUUAUACGGAGGGGGGGGGGGGGGGGGGGGGGGGGGGGGGGGGGGGGGGGGGGGGGGGGGUGGGGGGGGGGGAGUCCGGGGGGGGGGGGGGGUGGGGGGGGGGCCACGGGGGGGGGGGGGGGGGGGGGGGGGGGGGGGGGGGGGGGGGGGGGGGGGGGGGGGGGGGGGGGGGGGGGGGGAGGGGGGGUGGGGGGGACAGGAGAAUUCUCCACUGACGAGGAGGAUUUGUUAGGGGGGGGGGGGGGGGGGGGGGGGGGGGGGGGGGGGGGGGGGGGGGGGGGGGGGGGGGGGGGGGGGGGGGGGGGGGGGGGGGGUGGGGGGGGGGGGGGGGGGGGGGGGGGGGGGGGGGGGGGGGGGGGGGGGUUUAUCUUACCACGACACCACACCGUGACUCCCUGUGGUGUGGACCGUCACAGGACGAUUCAGUUUUGGGGAGACCGUACAGAGACGCAGGAGCAACUGGUCCCGGUUGUCAGGUUGGGCCUCAAGAACUGCACAACAGGACGUGUUAAAGCGCGGCUGUUUGAACUAACUCGAGCUAAAACAAAGCGUUCUGUGUCCGACAGAGCAGAAAUCUUUAUCGGAGGGUUUGGUGUGAUACUGGGGGGAGGCGCAGAGGUGGAAGCAGAGACGUGUGGGCUGCGGGUCGGCUCUUUCCUCAGCGAUGAACGGCUUGUCCUGACGUCUGCUUAUCCCGGAGGAGACCUGCAGCACACGGAGAAAUCCUGUGAUCUAAUCCUUCAGUGGUUUACGCUCAUGGAUUGCUCCGUGGCCAUUCUCUUUGACCUGGUUCAAACCAAAACAAGUGUCGCUCGCCGAAAAGACCUCGACAAACACAAGAGGCUCUGUGCUGUGGAGUCUCCCCUGAACACGGCUCUGCUGCUCAGUGCGGCUGGAGUUGGCUGUAUCGCCCUCAACCAGUGGCACAGCAGCUUUCAACUCAACACCGCAAACACGACUGCUGUUCUGGACGAAUAG